CUACAAAUAUACUUGUCUCCACACAGUACUCUCUACCUACCAAGCUUACCAGGAACUUGGCCAUCGUCUGAAACUACUGCGAAGAUGGUUGUGAAAGCUGUCUGUGUGCUGAAAGGAGCUGGCGAGACCACUGGGACCAUUUAUUUUGAGCAGGAGAGUGAUAAAGCGCCUGUGAAGCUGACCGGUGAAAUCAAAGGCCUCACUCCUGGAGAGCAUGGUUUCCAUGUUCAUGCUUUCGGAGACAAUACAAACGGGUGCAUUAGUGCAGGCCCUCACUUCAAUCCCCACAGCAAGACUCACGCAGGCCCUAAUGAUGAAAUCAGGCAUGUUGGCGACUUGGGAAAUGUGACUGCUGGAGAUGAUCAGGUUGCCAAGAUAGACAUCACGGACAAGGUGAUCACCCUCACUGGCCAGUACUCAAUCAUUGGCAGAACCAUGGUGAUCCACGAGAAGGCAGACGACCUGGGAAAAGGGGGCAACGAAGAGAGUCUAAAGACAGGAAAUGCUGGUGGGCGUCUGGCGUGUGGGGUCAUCGGCAUCGCCCAGUAAACUCAACCAGGACGUUCAGCACUGGAAAAAGAUUAACGAAAGCACUUACUGAGACCAACAUAGCUUCUCAAUGUGACAGUUUGUCCUUUUCAAUCCUCUGGCUUUUUAUCGAGUAGUUGAGCCAUGCAUCACGAUGUUUGUUCCUCAUGACAAUCUGUAUGUAUGGGUUUGUGUCUGCUGAUUAGUUUUGGUCAGAUUGAAUUGGUAAUAAACUGAUCCAAACAAUGACAGAA